GUAUUUAAACUCAUCCCUUUGUCAGUUUGGAUCUCACUUUCAGUGGGUAAUCAGAGUUCAAAAUGUUCGUGCUUUGGGCGCUACGAUUUGCUUGGGUGAUUUUUGCUUGUGGAGGAACCAGCGCAGCCUCCAGAAACAACUGUUAUCGAAAAGACUGUAAUGGAACAUGGUAUGACAUCCAAGAGGCUACUUGCUGUGAAAACAAACUUUACCCUGGUGCAAGUCUCUCUUGUUGUGGAAAUGAGCCUUACAAUCCGGAAACAGCCACUUGUUGUAAAGUACAGCAUGAGCACGACAUCAUAGCCAGUGUUGACCAGGGUCUGAAUGAAAAGGUAUCCAAGUGCUGUGACCUGAAGGCGUACAACCCAGUCAAUGAAAUGUGUUGUCAGUCAACCAUCACAGCAAAACCUGGACCAAUGGCUGAAUGUUGUGGUAAAGAGGUUUUUGAUAAGGAUAAGCAGUUGUGUUGUGGUCCAACUGAUAACAGGAUAAUUUUGGUGAGGAAUUCUAGCCACCACCGGUGCUGUGGCCACAACCAGUAUGACACCAAGACUCAGUGCUGCUGUACAAAUAAGGAAAACAUUCUGGAGAUACAACCUAAAGAUUCAGACUGCUGCAUGGAGGACUCUCCAGCAGUUCUUCCAUGUGGAAAUAUAACCUUCAACAAACAUACGCAACUAUGCUGUCAGUUAAAUGUUGUUCACAAAUCUCCACAGAAGUACAAAUGUUGUGAUAAAAGGGCAUAUGAUGUGGAAAAGGAGCUGUGUUGUGGCCCAAGUAAUAACAAAAUAAUUCUAAUGAGGAAUUCCGGUUAUCACCAGUGCUGUGGUCACAACCAUUAUGACACUGACACUCAGUGUUGCUUUUUGAAUAAGGAGGGUGUUCUUGAGAUUCAACCUAAGGAUCCAUCUGGCUGUGUGAGAGAAAAGACAGUUGAGCGCCAGUCUAAGUGCACUGAACCAAAAACACAUCUCUGUGGGUCGUUAUGUUACAAUCCAAAGGAACGUCGCUGCUGUGAGAGAAAUCAAGAAUCUCACUGGUUCUGUGCCUCAGGUAACACCGUCUCCAUAUUUGUUUGUUUUGAUAUGUGGUUGCCUUAUCUGUUAGUUACCAUCUCAUGGGACUUACCCAUCACUCUGUGAUGCCAGCACGGCUUCCAGCAAAGCAGUUAGCUCAGUUUUUUAUCUUGUGUGAAAGAGAAAAACGUCUUUCAAAGAAACACUUUCAAACUAAAUAUCUUAAAUCUGAAGUAACACUAUGGCAGAAUAGCACAUUAAGAAACUGAGAUAUUGUACUUAUUUUUGAUGGAUUUUUGUUAAUUUGGAAGUCAAAAAUCUCAAAUGCAAUUCCUUCUGGGAAAGGAACAUCUGUACCUCUGUACUUCUUUUUUUGUAUUUUUGAUUUUGAAGUGCACUUUGUAUUUUCUGAAUGUUCUCAAGUCAAUUCAGGUCUCUUCUACAGAGUCAUGCUGUUAUAAGCAAUCAUUUUACAUCGUCUAACUUGCAGAACUGGCAGAAGUUCCUCCAAAUCCUCUAUUUAUGUCAAAGCAUUAAUAGGAAUUUCAUGGUACAAGUAACUCAAGUCCUGCGCACUACUGAGAAGUGAAUGGCUUGAUGUUUUUUUGUUGGCAUGUAGUAAAAUGGGUGCAUUUAAGCUGUCAUCUUAAGAAAAAGACUGCUAUAAGCCUGCCAAGAAAGUGUCCUUCCUACCAAAAUUUACCAGAGAAACAUUUUUUAGGAAUUACCUUUACACAAAAAGAGCAGAAACAAGUUGUGUUAAAUUCUAAUCUUAGGUGUGUGAAUACGUUUUUUGUUUACUAUACUUUCUUGGGAAUAAAGAACCAAAAGGACAAAAGCUGUUUUUGUCUGACUUUAGUCCCCCAGGUUGCUGAAAUACAUAAAACAGUGAACAAUGUUUCUUCAUACAAACUGAAAGAUUUAGUACUUCGCAAAAUUAUGUCUUAUAUUUAAUGACAGUGAAGAAUGACACGUCAUACUUGCAGACAGUGAAGUACUAUCUGUCUUCCAUCAGGAAAGAUGGAAUGAUGCGUAAAAGAAAAGCAAUGCAAUGACGUCUGAAAAAGGUUGUAAACAAGCCUGCAUGUAUUGAAGUGUUUUUAUUUUCACUCUAUGGAUACAGACAUCUAAAUGUUUAGUAGCAACCUGUUUUAAUGUAACAUGUCUGUAGUGCCAAUGUUGUCAUUAUGUGCAGCAUUAGUGUAGGGCUGAAAUGUGUCAUAAAAAAUCUCCUGGCAUUUUGGCCCACAUGACAACCGUAACUUAUCACAUAUCUUCUUCCAUCAUCCUAUAAAUCAUUAAGCUUUGUAAUAAAAAAUAAAUAAAUAAAAUAAAAAUGGUAGAGCAGUGUUUCCCAAUCUUUUGGAACCAUGGCACAUAUUUCACAUUAGUAAAAUCACACAGCACACCACCAUUGAUCAUUUUUCCCGGCACACCAUGCGUAGCAGAAUUGGCUCGGUUUGUCCCCAGUAUACCUUUUUUGCUUUCUUCAGACCACUACUCAUGCUAGGGCAUUCAUCUGGGUCAGAAUUUUCUCCAGGAACCAGGCCAGAUUGACUACUUAUUCUUUUCAAUAUUUAUUGCUUUUACACACUGAGUUGUCUCACUCAGCAUGAUUAUUAUGUAAUUUCUCCUUGGUCUUCUUCUGUUUUACUGGCAGUUGGCAACCUAUUUAAUUAGAGGAGGUAGUUGUACUGCCCUCUAGUGGUAGAUAAUGUAAUUGUUCUGCCCAUUACUCGCACCGUUCGCUUACAGUACUAAUCAGGUGGAACCACAUAAUCUUCCACGGUACACCUGAUCAUUUCUCACAGCACACCUAUGAGCAGCAGGUGGGUAGGAAACACUAGUUUAGCUUGUGUUUGAGCAUUUUGUCCUUGGGAUUAACCAGAGUGUCUGGCUGCGUUCGAAGUGCGCUAAGAUGUCAUGCUGGUAGGGCAAACUCCUUACGACACCAACUGACUGUAACCUACAAUCCAGUUUUGAGAUUCCUUCCCAGGGGCCUUGACGCCCACUCACAUCUUCACUCAGUCAGUUAACUUCAAUAGGUCACAUGAUGGUUUCACCUGAAACCUCUGCUAAUAAUGACUCACAUCCUUUUUCACAACUUGGCCCAUUUGAUGAGGUAUGGGAUCAAUAGUGGGUCAAUGACUCUCUUAAGGGACAAAUCCCACUACGGUUUAAGUAUUUGGGACUGUCAGUCUCCACCAUUUGUUUUGGACUGAAGAAGCUUGUCAGAUACGAGGUGAAGCAAAGAAGUCUGGUCAUUUUGUUUUUCCAGGCUCCUUAGAUUACCAGGAUGACCUGGAUGAUUGAGACCUACGCUGACAUUCUUUGAUAAAUCCUUUAAAAACUAUAAUGAGAUUUGAGAAUAAUUAAAGAAUAAUCAUUAGAGGCACUAAAAAGAUUACUGACGUAACAAUAAACUUCAAACAGCAGCUUGUUUGUUUUAAAAAAACUGCCUGGAGCUCUGAAUGGGUUCAUGAACUUUGCAGUACCCCUGUAACUUGUUAUGUUUAUGACAUGUUGUUGAACCAGAAAGUCAGCCAACUUUUAGUUUCUGCUUACGAGAUGUUUUCCACUCUCUCCACUUUCCCACUGUUUCUCUUUCACUCUGAUUUUCGCACAUUUGGCUUCACAUGCUUCAGUUUUUUUGUGGUUGGUAAUUCCUCCACAUCUGUCUAAUGUUUUGCCUUUCGGAGUUUUUCCCAGACGUUAAGGGUUUUAAAAGUGAAUAUGGGUUAAGCCCACACUAGGGUCUUUCCCUUCCUCUGAGGAGAUUACAUCACCUCUUGCUUACGUUUCGCAAGAUAUAAAACAUCCAACUCUUGCUGGUAAAAACAAAGCAUGAUUUGGCAUUUUAGCAUUUUUAACAUGUGGAUAAGCAAUACAUGGCAGAGGAGAGGGAAGGAAGAUCAGAUUGUUGAUUGCUUCACAGACAUGACUGAGCUGAAAUCUCAAUUUUAUCAUCAGUACAGUGCAAAGGAUGGGAAAAUAAGCAGGCUCUUACUUGUGAAUAUGAAAGAGGGUAUUGUAUUAGAAAAUGCAGCUACAAGUAAACAUGCUGAAUGUGAACAUGUAUAAUUUGUUCUCUCUCAGACCCUUUGAGUCAUCUUUUGUGGACAUUAUUCAUCUCAACAUGUUUACUCUGCACUCACUCAUCUUUCCACCCUUCUGACCAUCACACCUCUCUAUUUAGGUCAAAGGAAGACACCACCCACUGUGUACAACCCCCAUACACAAGUCUGUUGUGAUGGAUGUGUAUCAG